AUGUCAAAAGCCAAUGAGUANCUAAAUUUCCUAGAUGGAUUGUGGUCAAGCUGUGGAGAUGAGAGGAUCAUAGUGUUCACAACCAAUCACAAACACAAACUUGACCCUGCAUUGUUGCGCCCCGGUCGUAUGGAUGUGCAUGUCCACAUGUCCUAUUGCACUCCAUUUGCAUUCAAAAUUCUGGCCUCCAAUUACCUUGGCACCACACAGCAUCCACUUUUCAUAGAGAUUGAAGAACUGAUAGUGGAAACCAAGGUGACUCCAGCAGACAUCGCAGAGCAGCUGAUGAAGGAUGAGGAUGCUGAAAAUGUGCUCAGAGGCCUUAUUGAGUUUCUUGAAAAUAAGAGGAGAGAAAAUGAUGAAAAUAAAGCGAGCGAAGCUGAAAAGGUGGCAAUAGAAGAAGAAGGUAAGCAACAACUCGAGGAAAAUGCAGUUGGAGAAGGGACAAUAAUAAUUGAAUAAACACGGUAGCUUGAGUAAAGUGUAAUAUAGAGGUAUGCAAGAAACAGUAGUUUCUGAACAAAAUUAUGGCUACAGUAGUAGGCUUUGGCCUGAAAUAUUAUUGUUAUGAUGGAUGAUAAUGAUUUAACCACUAGGUACUGUGCUAGGAUAUUUGCAUUGCAUUUUCUAGACUUGUCAUGGCCAAAUAAAAAGCUCUUUGCGCACAUGUUGUGUUCCCUAAAACUGCAGGGUGAUUACCUAGAACAAAAGUAAUGGAAUUUUGUUUCAGAACGAAAUUAAAUAAAUCUCAUACCACAGGACUCGUUUCAACCAA